AUGCCCACUAACAAAUGCUAUCAUCGUGUUAUUAAAAACGCUCCAUAUGCAGUUGUAUUAGGUUAUGAUUCAAAAAUUGGUCAUGCGUCCGCAUCAUUAAAUCCUUCUAUAUUUGGCAAAAUACAAACAGAAGAAGAUAUCAUUCCUGAAUUCGAUUUACCACCAUCACCAGAUGAUAAUGAAAGCGAAGCUGAUGAUGAAACAAGAACUAAUCAUAACAGCAAGAAUGAUCAAGAAGAACAUGAGGAUGGUAAUGAAAGAUAA